CAGUGAUUAAAGCAAGUGGGCGGCAGCAGCAACUGGUCUGCCUGUGUGGCUCUGCAUAGCAGACAUGUUUCUCACUGCUAGAUAUUACUCAUUUCCUCAGCCCUUUGCACACUCAAGCACAAACACACAAGCGCACACACACACACACACACACUCUUGGCACACACACACAGUCACAUAUACAGCAGACACAGAGACAGAUAACAGGCACUCAGUUCUUUCCUUCAGUUUGGUGGGCUUGCUGGUGUUAUUCAAUCGGAGAUCAGAGGCAGUGUGUAGCUGGAGGCUGCUGAUUGCUGCGGGUGUUGUGAGUGGCGGCAGUGUGGAGGAGCAGUGUUGCCCAGUGAGGAGCUGAGGAGUGGGUUGACCCAAGGAGGAUUGGAAUAUGAAUGACUACCAAGACUGGGACAUCUGCUCAGCCUGCUCUAAGUUGCCAUGGUGACAAUGUGGUGGAUGGGGAGACGGCAGGGAGUUGGCUGUUGAGACAGACUUGCGGGUGAGUGCGGGCCUGAGUGGCAGCACAGUACUGUGGUGUUGUGGCGGCGGCGGGAGCAGAGAUGGUGGCGGCGGUGGCGGGGCGAUCAGCUGGGCUGGCCUUGCGGCAACCAUCACUUCAAAAGAGCUCAUUUAAAACGCUUGGAGAAGAAUUAGUAGAGCUCCCCCGCACUUCUCACUGAAUGAAACAAGGCUGCUAAAUCUCUGACACAUUCGAGGACUCAAACACAAACAAUCACGCACACAGAGACCUAAACAAACAAACACACAUUUCUCUUUGAAAAAAAUAAUAAUGAUUGCACAUGCACACAAACAUGGCACACACACACGCAUGCACACACACUAGCAAUCACACACAUUUCUCCACACCCCUGCUGUGACACACAAUUAAUAUGCAAAGACACAUAUCCUGUAUCCACAACAACUGUUGGUAAUAUCAACAGUGUUUUUGUCAGCUUUUGGGUGGGUGGUGACCAGCUUUGCCUAUCACUGGGGGAGUAAGUACUGCCGCCUGAGGGAGUAUUUGUGUGUCUGUAGCUGUCCAUGUGUGUCUGAAAGAGAAGGGGUGGGGGGUGCUAGUAGUAAGCUCAUACACUGAAGAAUACAGAGAACACCCGGGGGUGUCGUGGGGGUGGUUCAUGAAAGUGGUACAAAAAACAUAUCUACAUAUUCCAAUCAUCCCCUGAGAGUCAGAGAUGAAAACUCUCCUGCUGUGAAUGCUCUUUGUGUGUGUGUGAGGUUUUUUUCUACACACACAUACUGUGCUGCCUCUGAACUUCAUUGGCAACAAAAUAUAUUUUUAGUCCACAUGUGGGAGUAAUGUGUUUGAAUGAAACGAGUAAGCUGGGUAGUUUCAGUCCCACCGCAGUGCUCAUAGGUAAUGACUAAUUAGCGAGAGCUAUCAGAAAGCUAGUUUCUAACCUUCUUAAAGAAGUUCAUAAAAGAGAGUCAAUAGCUGAUUUCUGGCCAUCUGUCUGAUGCUGCUGAAUGUUUGUUUGCAUGUCUGACUGGACUGACAGCUGGGUCUUAACCACAACUGACGCCAGGACCUGGCAGACUGUUCUGUGUCCUCACUAAAUCUGUCUUUUUUUCUGUCCCCUUCCUCCCUUUUACCUUCUCUAUCUCCGUUUCUGUCCACUCUCAUCCUCUCUCUAGGUGAGUGGCGCUUCAAUCGUAAAGAAUCAACAGUGAUCUGACAGUGAUGCUGUGUAGCAGCGUCCCUCUCUGUCUGCCCCCCUCAUUCUCCCGUGAGGCCCAUGUGACCUAACCUACACCCACACACAGGGGGCCCCCAGUGCCGCUGGAGCCCACCCAUGAAUCCCAGCCCCGACCGCGGCAAAGAGUGCCUCCCUCCCAAAAAAAGGGAAUCUCGGCAAGGAUCGUCCGAACACAACACCCCUCUGGACGAGUUUAAACCCCCUGUGCCGCUCCGGAGUCGGUCCAGCACAGGGGGAGGGGAGGGGGGCAGGGAGGCCAGCGACAGGGAGCGAGCUCUGAUCAACCCGAGCCCCCAUCUCCUACAUACUCCUCCACCCCUUCCUGCUCCAGCACCAGGCCUCCCCCUGCCCCUACCAUGGCAUCUGGGCUACUCUCCCUCCAUCUCCCUCCCCCUUUUCCCAGGGCAGAUUGGAGAGAGGAGGGGCUCAGGGUCUCCCGCUUGGAGAGAUGAUCCUCUCUCCUCAGCCUUGCCCCACCACUCCAGGUGGCUCAGAGGGGAAGGCCCCCUCUCCUUGCCACCUUCCCCAUCUUCUUCUGCCGCCUCCUCCUUCAAGACUCCCUACCCAGCCGAUUCUAGAGAGAUUUGGUCCUACAUCAACAGUGGCCGGCGGGACAACAGCUCCCCUCUCUUCUCCCCCUCUUACUUGUUCAGCCAGCACUCUCUCUACCCUCAAGAUCCAAGUUAUACUGAAGCCAGACAUAGAUACCUGGGCAAGAGGCUCAAUGGCCUAGAGGGGCCUGGCAGCAGGACUGCCUCAACCUCCAGGUCUCUGCUCUCAGGAGAUUAUGGGAACGAGAGCAGCAGAGCCAGGCUGGACAUGGGUCCACACAGCUCCCAUACCAACGGUGGACGGAGACAGCAGGAGGAUCUAACAUCCCGUGUCCAUACUGGAGGGCCUUAUUUGUCAGACUCUCUAGCUCAGGAGGGCCCUGAGACACAUUCCUCACUGCAGGACAGACAUACACAUGGGAUAGUUAAGACCAGCUUACUCUCCUCCAGUCUCCAUCCCCUGGGACCAGUCCCCAGGGGAGGUAGAGGGGGUCUCCUGGACUCCCUAGGGGUCACACCAGCUGAGGCCCAGAUCUAUUACUCCUUAGGAUCGGUGGGCCACCCCAGCCCUCAGGUCCAGCCCUACCCGCUCUACAGCCCCUCAGGAACCGCUCUGUACAACCUGCACAGGGAGCCAGUACCCAGGCAGCACAGUGUAAGGAACUCCCCUCACUCCCCCCUGGGUCUGCAUAACAGCCAUGACAGGUCACCAAGAGACCGGGACAGAGACCUAGAAAGAGACAGAGAAAAACUCCUACAAAGGGACAGGGAGCGAGGCAAAGACAAAGAAAAGCACCUUCAACAUGACCAAGAAAGAGACACUGAGCGCGAGAGACGAAGGGAUAGAGAAAGAGGGAGAGAGUUAUCUCCUUCUCAUGCUCACACCUCACCCCCAACCCCUCACCCAUCCUCACCCCCUGCGCUCCUACCUCACUUCACCAAGGGUUCUCUGAUCGAGUUGGCCAGCGGCCGGUUGAAGCAGGUGGAGGAGCUGCGGACCGAAGACUUCCUGAGGAGCGCAGAUACCUCCCCCGAGUUUCACCUCAGCACCUGCACUGUGCUGCUGAUUUCCCCCAGCAGCACACAGGGCUUCAGCCACCUGCAGGUCCACCUCACAGACCGCAACACUCAGGAGCUACUGAAGGUCUUGGUGGAGUAUCCAUUCUUUGUGCAGGACCGAGGCUGGUCUUCUUGCUGCCCGCAGAGAACCUCACAGCUGUACGGCCUGCCCUGUCGCCAGCUCAUGGAAGGCGAUGUCUGCCUGGCUCUCACCCCCACCCCCACCCAAACCCACCGGACACGCACGCGUACUGGCUCCAGGGCCCAUCGCACGCAACUCCCCCCAAGGGCUGCAGGAGAUCCCAGCAGCUUGCACAGGGAGGAGAUGCCACCUCCACCUCCCCCCCCCCCUCUCUCUCACCACCCACCUCCUGCUGCACCGGCCCCUCGGCGGGCGCUGGCUGCAGUCCCCCCUGCUCAGGAGCAGCAACGUCUGCGAAAACGGCGCUGGUCUGCCCCGGAUACCCUACCCUCAACCGGCACUGAUGAAAGCCUCAUGGAUUUACCUCAUGGUUCCAAGCUAAUGAAGUGGCAGUAGAAACUUGGAAAUGCAUAUAUGCAUACUGACACACACACAUAAGCACAUACACACCCUCCUAGUCUCUGUUGCACCCACCAAGAAGACAAUGGAGAGACCUCAAGGUAGGGUUGCAGGGAAGGAAUACAAAAAAAGGAAAACGCAAUUUACGGGUGCCCACUCUGCUGCCCAAAAUAUUAACCCCCUCCCUAGUCUGGUCCUUGUUGCACCCUCCUUUCCUAUCCUUUCCUUUCUUCCCCUCAACAUUACUUAGCACACCCCUAAAAGGAGCAGCAGCAGAAGGAUCCCUAGAUGGCUCCUUACAGACACUGAAGACAUUUAGUGAGACAAUCAAGCACUUGUCUGUGUUCACUGUUUUUGUAAUGGUUGUCGCACACACCUACUUAAUGACAGUGUGUUCUGCAGGGUAUUGACUUCCAAUCAGUGUUAUGAAAGUAAACGCUAUUGAAGAAGUGCAGAUAUAUAUGAACAAAGGUUGACUAUAUAUAUUACAUUGCAGAUGUUAAAUACAGUACAUAUGCUAAACAGAUUUAAUGCAAUCUCUUUGUCGAUUUCGCGAUGCAUUUUUUGUUUCUUUAAUUGUCUUGCAGCUGAGCCGAUGUCUACAUGUCGGCCUAGGCAGGCAAUGUGAAUGUAUGAGCAACUUAUAGCCUUUUUUUUAUUCUCAUCACUGGGUGUCAUUUAAAACAAAUGAUUGUUCUUCAAGGCAUUACCCUCCAAUAUGUUCUUAACAUUUUCUCUGAGAGAGGGAGAACACUAAUGAAAACUGCGUAACAGACAAUCCCGCCCACACAGACAGGUCUGUGCCACAUCGCCUCGACACUCAUGGUGUUUUUCCAUUAAAAACAGAAUGAUGGAAAGAGUAGGAAGUGCAGUAUGGCUGACGAGUAAUGGUGCUAGUAACAAGUUGGAACAUGAUGCUUUGUGAACACUCUUGACCCCUUGUACGCUUCGGUUCCCAUUUCAUUUUUUUAUGUACUGUAUUUGUUUGAAGGCAGGGAAAAUGAUGAAAGUAUUUUAAACUCAGAUACGGGUAUCUCCUCUGAUUCAGCACACUCUCUCACUUUAGUUUUUGUGUUUUUUUUAUUUAAAAAAAACCUUACCUGUGGAUUUUCUUUUUAAAUGUUAUAGCUACAAAAAUGUAUAUUUUUAAAAAUUGUGAAUCUGUUCUAUGAUGUUCGCUAGAAAUAAAGGAAAAAAAGCUUUA